AUGUCAUUUCUCUUCAAAUAUUCUGCAGUCCUGCGGAUCAUCAAGGCAUGUGAGUGCUGUCACAGAUUGAAGAAAGAGAAGAAGAAGGUGUUUAAAUCUCAAAUACACUUCAUGAUUCAGAAUAUUAAGAAGGCAGCUCUGCUCUCUGAGCAUGUCAAUCUGCUUACUACUGAGAUGGAACCUGAGACAGCAGACCAGGAAAUGCAGGAUUUUGAGACACAGGUUGACCUGGCUGAGAAGGAGCAGUGA